UGUACACAUUCAUUAUUAAAAAAAACUCUCCCUGUUGAGGCACGUGGUUGACAAGUAAACAAAAAUAUUGUUAGACUAUAGAUUCAUUUUAUAAGUAAUUUACUAGAAAAGUUGUGUGAAGUGAGGAUAGGAAAGAAAGCAUUGAGGUUACUAAACUUAAAUAUGGAGAUUGAACAAGAAAGGAGAGUCUUGGCAAGACUAAAAUCCGAGACUGGGGAUGUGACAGGAAAUCUGCUGGAUUUGCCAUUAUAUGUGAAUGUUGAACACCUCACAUUAAUCUGUAACAGUCUUUUGCAACAGGAGGAGAGUACAGUUUACGCGUUCUACGUGAAUGAUAAAGAGUUGACAAAGAGCCUAGACAGUGUGUUGGACCUGAACAGCCUUAACACCGAAAGUGUGGUUGAUAUUGUGUAUCAACAACAGGCUGUGUUCAAGGUCAGAGCUGUCACCAGGUGCACAAGUUCACUUCCUGGCCAUGCGGAAGCUGUAAUAUCUGUAAAGUUCAGUCCGAAUGGCAAGCAGUUGGCCAGUGGUUCAGGUGAUACAACAGUUCGUUUCUGGGAUGUUGAUACUCAGACGCCCCAUCAUACGUGCAGUGGUCACAGAAACUGGGUGCUGUGCAUCGCUUGGUCUCCUGACUCACAGCGCCUCGUCUCUGCCUGCAAGAACGGAGUCAUCCUAUGCUGGGAUGCAGCUACUGGCAAGCAGCUGGGUUCUCCCAUGACAGGACACAAACAGUGGGUCACUGACCUUACCUGGCAGCCUUACCACGAUGAUCCGGAAUGUCGCAUGUUCGCCAGCAGCUCCAAAGAUGGCGACGUGCGAGUCUGGGAUUCAGUGCUUUGCCGCUGUGUGCGUGUCCUGACAAGUCACACCCGCUGCGUGUCUGCGCUGCGCUGGGGUGGCAGUGGCCUCAUCUACUCCGCCUCCCAGGACCGCACCAUCAAGGUCUGGAGAGCUGCUGAUGGGGUGAUGUGUCGAACACUAGAGGGGCAUGCACACUGGGUCAACACACUGGCUUUGUCUACAGACUACUGCGUACACAAGCAGUCCCUGGACCCACUGAUUCGGCUGACAGUAAUUAAAAGUGAUACACAGGUGCACUUAAAAAAAAAUAAUGUGUUUACAGAAGCCAGUCUUCAGAAACUCGCCCGUUUCCGGUAUGACAAUGUGGUCAAGGGAUUUGGAGAGUAUCUAGUCUCCGGCUCUGACGACUUUACCCUCUUCCUCUGGACUCCAGAGAAAGAUAAAAAGUCAAUUGCCAGGAUGACAGGACACCAGCAGCUGAUUAACUGUGUGGCGUUCUCCCCUGAUGGUAGGACCAUUGCCUCUGCGUCUUUCGAUAAAUCCAUCAGGCUGUGGGAUGGCAGGACUGGGAAGUUCCUCACCACUCUGAGAGGUCAUGUACAGGCAGUGUACAUGGUGGCAUGGUCGUCAGACUCAAGACUUCUGGUCAGUGGAAGUGCUGAUUCUACACUGAAAGUGUGGAACAUGAAGACUCGCAAGCUAGACCAGGACCUACCAGGACAUGCUGAUGAAGUGUUUGCUGUAGAUUGGGCACCUGAUGGCCUCAAGGUGGCUUCAGGCGGAAAGGACAAAGUCCUCAGGCUGUGGCAGCACUAGAAGCAUAAUUUCAAGAAACGCCAUGAGAUGGAGGAACAUAUUUUAUAUGCAUAUUUUAAAAAUUAAUUGACUGUUAAUUAAAAAAAGUACAGAAUGUUUAA